ACAUGGUCCAAUGCUUCCAAGUCCCCAAGUUUACACUAGAAUCAGCUCAUGCACUUAACCCAAUAUUCCGGCGGAACCAAUUACCAACCCUUCGAAAUUGGUGAAAAUAUCAGCUCAUCUUUAUUUAUUAUUAUUUUUUUUUUUGCAACAAAUUUAAUUGUAGAGUCUAUAAAUACUGAGAAAUUGAAGAGAGGAAGCACGUACUGUUCUCUCCAAUCCCCUGACCCAUUCUCUCACAAAUAGGUUGUGUUGGAGUGAAAAUGGAGUUGGGGUUGGGUGUGUUCUUGGUGGGGGUUCUGGGUUUAAGCAGCUUUUGGUGGGUGCUUGGAAGGGUGAAUUGUUGGUAUUAUGAGAGAGUGAAGCUUGGUGAUAAGAAGAGACUAAGUUUGCCUCCAGGUGAUUUAGGUUGGCCUUUCAUUGGCAACAUGUGGUCUUUCCUAAGAGCUUUCAAGUCCUCCAACCCAGAUUCCUUCAUCGCCUCAUUUGUUUCCAGAUAUGGAGCAACUGGGAUGUACAAGGUCUUCAUGUUUGGUAGCCCGAGUAUCAUCGUUACAACACCGGAGGGCUGCCGGAGAGUUCUAUCAGACGAUGAAGCAUUCCAGCCAGGGUGGCCGGAAUCCACCAUGGAACUCAUGGGCAGAAAGUCUUUCAUUGGCAUUUCUUUCGAAGAGCACAAGCGUUUGCGCAAGCUGACAGCUGCCCCCGUGAAUGGGCAUGAGGCGUUGUCUUUUUACAUUGACUACAUCGAAAAAAUUGUGAAGAUAGCACUGGAGAAAUGGGCUUCCAUGGGAGAAAUCGAGUUCUUGACACAAAUGCGGAAGCUCACGUUUACCAUAAUUAUGUACAUUUUCUUGAGCUCAGAGAGUGAACAGGUCACGGAGGCCUUGGAGAGGGAAUACACAACUCUCAACUAUGGGGUUAGAGCUUUGGCAAUUAACCUUCCAGGAUUUGCUUACUAUAAUAGUCUCAGGGCGCGAAAGAGGCUCGUGGCGAUUUUUCAAUCCGUAGUGGAUGAAAGAAGAGAGGAGAGAAGGAAGAACCCUAACGGUUUUCAUGAGAAGAAGAAACUAGACAUGAUGGAUAGACUAAUGGACGUUAAAGAUGAGAAUGGGAGGAAGUUGGAUGAUGAGGAAAUAAUUGAUGUUAUGUUGAUGUACUUAAAUGCUGGGCAUGAAUCAUCAGGCCAUAUCACAAUGUGGGCUACUGUGUUUCUGCAGAGCCACCCUGAGGCCUUCAAAAAAGCCAAGGCAGAGCAAGAGGAAAUCAGGCGAAAUAUGCCUCCUGGUCAAAAGAGUUUGACACUGAAAGAGGUCCGACAGAUGGAGUAUCUGUCUAUGGUGGUUGACGAAACACUUCGUCUGGUAACAUUCUCUCUGAUGGUGUUUCGAGAGGCAAAGAAGGAUGUGAAUAUUUCGGGAUAUAUAAUUCCAGAGGGAUGGAAAGUUUUGACGUGGUUUAGAGGUCCUCACUUUGAUGAGGAGAUAUAUGAAGACCCAUUAACAUUCAAUCCAUCCAGAUGGGAAAAUUUUACACCAAAAGCAGGAACAUUUCUUCCAUUUGGAGCAGGAAGCAGACUGUGCCCAGGAAACGACCUUGCCAAACUCGAAAUCUCCAUUUUUCUUCACCAUUUUCUACUGGGUUAUGAGCUGGAGAGGAAAAAUCCUGACUGUCCUCUCAUGUAUUUACCACACACGAGGCCUAAAGAUAACUGUUUGGGUAGAAUAAAAAGAUCAGUCUCAUCAUCUUCAACUGUCUAGACAACAAACAACCUCAAAGUUGUAUCUGGUCUUUAGUCUCUGGUCUAUCUUGAAAAUUAGUUUCUGUUGUCCUCCUUAGCUUUUUCAAUUUGAGUUUCCUAUCAAUAAAAAAUUAGUGUUGGGAUGAUUUCUUAACCCCACAAA